AAAGGGAACAGGAAAAGCAGCUGCCGUAGACGAGGCGAGAACCACCCACCGACCGACGCACUGUCAGCACGCAUAAAUUUCACGCAAGACACGAAUAUUGAACACAAUCUGUUCAGAAGCCGGGGAGGGGAGACUGGUGAAGUAUAAAGGUCYUCAAACAAGAACUUCAAAUUUACGUUACGAGUGAAGAAAGACCGAGCUUCGACAUGGUACAGCAAUGCGCGGGCUGCGAGCUUCCCAUUGCUGAUAAAUUUCUUUUCAAAGUUUUAGAUCGAGUUUGGCAUGCCAGUUGUGUUCAGUGUAACGACUGCAAGUGCUCCUUGAGUGAACGGUGUUUUUCUCGCGACGGUAAACUGUUUUGUAGAGAUGAUUUUUACAGACGUUAUGGAACUAAGUGUUCUGGAUGUGAGCAGGGAAUUUCACCAAACGAUUUAGUCAGACGAGCCAAGCAUUUGGUUUUCCAUGUCGAAUGCUUUGUGUGCUCAUCUUGUAAGCGACAGAUUUCAACUGGAGAUGAGUUAUACUAUAUAGGAGAUGGAAGUUUCAUUUGCAAAGACGAUUACUAUCAACAUUACCAGCAACACAACAUUACAGAUGUUGACGACGAUCCGAAGGACUUAAGUUACGGUUUAGACGAGGAUUUGGAUACCGCUCUUUCAAGCAAGCGCCGAGGACCUAGAACAACUAUCAAGGCAAAGCAACUAGAAGCACUCCGCGCAACCUUCGCCGCAACGCCAAAGCCCUCAAGGAAUAUAAGAGAGAAAUUGGCACAGGAAACGGGGCUAAAUAUGAGGGUAAUUCAAGUCUGGUUCCAAAACAGAAGAUCUAAAGAGAGACGUUUAAAGCAAUCUGGUGGUCAAACACAAACCCCUCGAUCCAACAGAUCGUCGAGAAGAUCAAGAAACUCAAGAUUAGAGAGUCAAGAAGAAACGAAUGAAAACGACGUAGAUUUAAAGUCACCUAGCACGCCUCAAUUAGGCUUUCGUUCACAGGAKCAGCAGUCUCAACCUCCAAGAUAUAUGUCACCAUCGAACUACAGCGAUUUCUAUUCUCAAAAUUCCCCCGUUUCCGAAAGCUUAAUGAUGAACAACUCACAACUACCACACAGCAAUGACUUUGUUUCCCGCCAUCGAAUCUUCGCAACAACCCACUCAACGAUAUGACAGAAAAUAACCAUUUAACGAGCCCUUCUAGACUACUACAGAAUCAAAAUAUCAUGGGACACAGCCCUGGAAAUAGUACAGGAUAUGGCGCAACACAAGCUUCCCAGCCACAAGGAACAUGCAACUUGAUCAACACAAGCCCAUCAGAAGUGUGGUAACUAGGAGAUCGUACAGCUGUUGAGAUGUWCAAUCUGGUGAAAGUUGAUAAACUAAUCAGUGUGUUAGGAGGCCGAAAAGAACAACGUAAAGAAUUAAUACAGUCGCGGAAAAUGCGGUGAAUUUUUGUGUCUACUGUGCCUUGAGCAUCUAUAGAUCUCUCAAGACUGUGCGCAAAACCGCAGAUUCUAUGACAAGACUAGAUGACUAGCACCCUGCUAGACGAUGUUCUAGCUUGAUCGGUAAUCUAGUCGACUAUCUUGGGAGAGRAAAAACCACUUGAUCAUAUCAGAAUCGAGCCAGUAUAGAGUAAGAAGCAUGUCUCCCCUCAGGGUUCAAAGCCGCCUUCGCUUUGAUCUUAACCAACAACAAAGGAAUAUUCAAAAGAACAAUCUUUCAUAGGAUACCAAUAAGUUCUUUUUGUUAAGAAGAAUUAGUGUUCUACCAAUAUGUAUAUAUCAGAGUAUCUAUAUAUAGAAAAUUAAACGCAAGACAAAUUUAUUCGAAUUUUGAAUAUGUAUAAAAUGCAUAAAAGUGGUACCGAUGCAUUUAGUGUUUUAUUGAUAUUUCGGUUAUUGCUUGUGUAUUCAGCUAGAUUGAAACAUCAAGUCAUUUGGUGAUUAGUCGCGUCAAAACGUAUUAAAAAUGACAUAUAUAUAGUUAA